AAUGGGAGCUGGAUUAGACGCUGUUGCGGAAUUGAGCAAAGCUAAUAAAUUCUCAGUCCUUAAUGAUUGGACUUGUAAAUUACAUACCGUUGCUGAUAAAACAUGUGAGCAUUGGAUUACCUGGUGCUCAACAAUUAUGGGGGCGGAAAGAGUUAUAAAAACGUGGAAAAAAUCGAAUGUGGCCUGGAGCGUCUUCAAGUCGAAAUGCGUAGCCGUUGGAAUAUUAUUUGGUGUAUUAUCCAUCGAAAUUCAUAUCAUGUGGUCGUAUGCUAUCGUCGAACAUAUGGGAUGUUAUAUUGACUUGGAAUUCCAUGACUUUCAUAGGAACCUGUGGCCUUUAGUAUCCGCCUUCAUUAACGUGUAUAUACCAGUGGUAAUAGGCAUAGGGGUUUCUACCGCCUUAACAAUAGGGCUAGCCAGAAAUCGAUCGAGUCAAGGAGAGGAAGACUACCUCAGAGAGUGUCGAAGGCAAGAAGCCUGGUCUCGGUGUGCUCUUAUUCUUCUCCUCAGUUACAUCCUACUGAAAAUGCCUAUUCUUAUUAUAAAUAUUGUCCAAUAUAGUAAUCCAGAACGAGUGUCUACAGAUAGCCGUUGGUUUGCUCAACUACAAUUUGCAGAUAUAAUAAUUCAAGUCGUGGCUCUGGGUCAUUACACUUUCGCUCCUUUCAUGAUCCUUCUAACAGCCCCAGGUUUAGGUCGGGCCUAUAGUCGAUUAUUGGAAAAUAUCCAAUCAGCUUUUGUCUCCAGGUGUCUUACAAAAAAUUCUGAAGAAACGCAAUCCAACCUAAUAGAAUCUACAGUUGAAACUACAGUCAAGAUGAACGAUCGUGGAGAAAUGGUCAAUUGCAGUAGUGUUUAA